GGAAAAGGAGACCGAUAGUUUUUUCAUAUCCCCGUUUGAGUUUCUGCGAGGGGAAAGACAUGUUUUGGCGGAGGAAAAGUAAAGCGCGAACCCGCUCCGCGAAGUCCUCGAAGCCGACGGCGAAGAGGGACGUUACCGAGAGUUGUUCGAGUCUCCCCAUCGACAAAAUAAGACCAUAAAUCUUUUUUUUUUUUCUGACGAGAAAGGGAAAGGCUCUGUUGUUGACUGCGCUGCAGAGAACAGACAAAUGGAAAAAGAGCAGAAGAUAUAGUGGAGGACAAAAUAUUCGAACAGUAUCUUAAAAGUACAAAAGAGGAGCGUCACAUCUCUGCAGCACUCUGUAAACUGUGAAGAAAAGAUGAGACCGCUGAAGAAAAAUAGAAGACUUUCUCCUCCAUUAACUAGAGGCAGAGGGGGGAAGAAAAGGGGAGGUUCUCAACCCCUUCAAGAGAAAGACUCCAAAAGAAUCAAGAAGGACAUACUUGGCAAAACCACGCAACAUGCACCAAGCACUCUCUCCAAACGCAAACACAGCCCGCCGCGCACUGCCGCCAUCUCACAUAAAGAACCUAUAACAAACAGCAAUAUCAACAAGAGGGAGGAGCCUACUGAGCUAAAGAAACCUGUGGAGUCUGAUAAAACGGACAGAAGCAAAGCAGAGGAAAAAGAAAAGGAGAAAUUAGCAGGCACAAUUGGGAAUAGUACUAACGCUGUACCAUCACCAACCUCUGCACCAGCAGCACUUUCAAAAACUGCACCCUCACAGUCCAACAUCCACAGCCCCAGUUUAGGCUCAGUUUCAAGUAGGAAAACAGCCACUUUUAAGGCCCGUGUACCCAAGAAAAAUUACAUAUAUGAACACUUUGCUAAAAAUGCAAGUAUUACAAAUAGUAUUUCUACCUCUAGCUCUGCAUUCGUAAUUAACAAUUACGACAGUACCAACAACAAAGUUGAUGAUAGUGUGAAUUCUCCCAAUAAUAAUUUCAAGACUAGUAGUAUUAGUAAUAGCAUUACUAAAAGCAUUAGUAUGAGCACCAAUAACAGUACUCUCAGUAAUACUACAGGUAGUAUUAACAAUACGACUAGCAUUAGUAAUAAAUGUGCUGGGAGCAAUAGUACUAUUCUAAAUAGCAGUAAUAGUGUAAGUGAUUAUUGCUUAGGUAAUCAGCCAUUAGUGAUAACUGUGGACAGUAAACUUACAGGAGUGAACCAUUUUGUAUGUAUGAAGGAUAAAGCCCUCAGGACAGCAAACCCCCAAGAAAAAGACUCACCAGCUGGUGAAAAUGAAUUGGAGGGAGCACCUAACUCAGUACGCUCCUCCUCCACAGAUACAGCUAGUGAACACUCUGCGGAUCUGGAUGUGAUUGAGACAACAGGACCAAAUAUUAAUCAGAACUGUCAUAUCGUAGCGCCUCUCCUUAACUCCCACUUCAAAGAGGACAGUCUCUCAGAAGGGCUAGCUGAAGCUCUGGCGAAAGGCAUGAAGAACCAGAGAGUGCUGGCUCGCCAAAUAAAGACGACCAUGAAGACUGUCUGCAGUGGAGACUCACGCCACCAAUCUUUUGUGUUUAGACCUGGGGUGGUUCGUAGAGUGACUAGAGGUACUGUUGAAAUUCAGCUCCAAGGAGAGGAGACCCUUGUUAAAUACCCUUUUUAUGAUGGAACCACAGUGACGCCAUUCUCAGAAGUUGAAACAAACGUGGACUUCAUUUUAGACGCCCCUCCACCUGGUAUGUUACCUGUGGCUCUUGGGACCCGAGUAUGUGUACCGUUUAGUGGAGAGGAAGGGAGUCCUCUGAUGUACAGAGAAGGGAAUGUUGUUCAGGUGGACCCCCAUCCCGGUGUCUCAUUUCCCUACCAGGUGCUUCUAAAAGAAGACGGAAAAACUCUGGGAGGUGGGGUUGGUCAGGCUGUGUGGGUUUCCCGACAGAGCCUGAGACUACUCACCCCUCCAUGGGAGGUCUCACAGUUAGAUGGUGGGAGGGCGAAGGAGAGUGACCGUGAGAGGGAAAGGGAGGAGAGGGAGCGGAGGGAGGAGAUGGAGGUAGAGAGAGAGGUCUGCCAGUUAAGUAGUGGAAUGGGAAUGCUGGGAGGUGGAGCAAGAUUGAAUCAUGGAUUCUCACAUGCAGUUGCAGGAGGACAUUCUUAUGGAAGUACACAUCCACCCAAAACUUCCUGCACUGUAACUACUGGUGUAGUGGCAAUCACAAGUCACAAAUGUGGAAAUAAAUUAUCUGACAGAGAGAGACAGAAACAGCCCAAUACUCCAGAGGAGGAUGUUGAGGUAUCUCAACUUAAUAUGGCACAUAAAAUUGCUCCAAAAUUAAAUGUUGGCAUCUCACAGCACAGAAACAUUGUUUCCAAGUCUAGUGGAUACCCUCCCACCUCCCCUCAGCUAUCUUUGGUGCGGGGUGUAGGCCCACCCCAUCUCUCUACCAUCACCUGUCCUCAGCCAGCCCCCUCUCCUGCCUCACUGACAACUGAAAUAAGCAACAGCACUUCAAAUCUACCUCCAUUCAAAACCACUCCCACACAGACUCCUACUCCCACUUCUGGUGUGGGGUCUUCCUCGGCCUCCUCUCAUUCCAGGACUCCCCUUUCAUUAGCGCAGCAGAAAUACAAAAAGGGUGAUGUGGUAUGCACCCCUAAUGGUAUCCGUAAGAAGUUUAAUGGAAAGCAGUGGAGGAGGUUGUGUUCCAGGGAGGGUUGUAUGAAAGAGUCCCAACGUCGGGGAUACUGCUCUAGACACUUGUCCAUGAGGACCAAAGAGAUUGAGGCUGCAGGAGGUGAGAAGGGAGGAGGGGGCAGCAGUUCAGGAACAGUCACCCCUUCAGACCUUCAAGGGAGAACAAGCAGUGAGUUUGAGUGGGAUGACACAUCAAGAGAGGCCAGUGAAACCAGUAGCAGAGUAGACUCCAGACCACUCUUAGUCCUCCCUUCGCUCCUUCCUCAUGAACUGUCGUCACGGUUUGAUUUUGAUGAGUGUGAAGCUGCCAAUAUGCUUGUGUCGUUAGGAAGCUCUCGCUCUGGCACGCCAUCCUUCUCCCCCAUCUCUAAUCAGUCUCCCUUUUCCCCUGCCCCCUCUCCCUCACCCUCGCCACUGUUCGGUUUCAGGCCGGCAAACUUCUCACCUAUUACUGCGUCCCCGGUCCUGCAACACCGGAGACACAGGCAGCCGAGUGGCACAGGGGGAGGAGGGGGAGGGGGCAGUAAACCAACGACCCAAGCUGGAGGAGGAGAAAGGGAGAGACACACUUCAGGUAUCCAGUCCUCCAUCCACAGUAAUCUGACAUUUACAGUCCCCAUGAGUCCCAGCAAGAGAAAACCAGAUGCACUCCCUCCACCCCCCCUCCCCUCACACCACCACGAUUAUACACCCAAAACAGAGCUGGAACAGGGAGACCUCAACAACUCUUUCAGAGUGCUGUCCCCCCAAACUCCACACUCCCGCACACACACGCCAACCUUCCCCCAACCCAAAGGACUGAACACACCCUCUUCCAGCAGGCCCCCAUCCUCCACUGCUGUCUCACCCCCUUUACUGCUGGUGUCCCCAACUCCUCCUUCUCCUCGCCUGGUCCCCAUAUCCCAACAGACCUUGCGUGACUCUCCUGUCAUUGUGAGGAAUCCUGAGGUCCCACUGGCAAAAUUUUCAGAGUCUCCCUUAGACAGAGGAGGAGGGGGAGGUAGAAAGAUGGAAGGGACAGAUAUCACCUCAUCUAAAGACAUUGCCCUAACUUCCCUCACUGGUCAACCUGUCACUGGCCUCCAAGUUCCUGUCCCAAUUAAUGCAGCUGCAGCCACAAUACCCAACAGUGGUACUGUCUUCCUGCAAAGCCCUGCCCAAACUUUGGUACUUGUAUCCCCAACACCUACUUCUCUGCCGCCCGCUGACACCCCCACUACCCCACUCCAAGCCCUCUCAGUUACGGUCAGCGCAGCAGUGACAGCUCCCGCAUCAAGUAGCACGGACAGUUCUGGAGAACGAGAGGACAACAGGGGUACUGGGUUUGGUGGUGAGGUCCAGCAGCCAGUUCCCUGUCACCCCUCUCCUACUGCCCUACUGCCCCUGAUCCUUCCUGCAGAAAGUCUGCACCCUGUCCCUCGAAAAGAGAUCAUCAUGGGACGUCCUGGCACAGUGUGGACCAAUGUGGAGCCCCGAUCAGUUCCAGUCUUCCCUUGGCAUUCAUUGGUUCCUUUUCUGGCUCCCACCCAAUCAGAUGCUCCUUCUCUGCCAGGAGAGGGUCAGCAUCCAGUCAACCACCCUCAAGCAGCCACUCUAAAGACAGACGGUCAGGGGGUGGCAGCGCUGUCACAGGAGGCUGCAGAGGCACCUCUCAUCAUAGAGAGAGGCCCCCCAUCCCGGCCUCCCCCUUCCUGUGAUGAGCCACUUCCAGAGAAGGAGAAAGGAGAUGCAGAGAGGGAGAAACCAGACAGCGAAACAGAGAGCGAUGUGGAUGACCUCUUUCUCCCAGGAGUUGUAGCAGAACAGCCCCUCUCCACAUCUCCAGUAAAGAGACGUACUCAGUCUCUCAGUGCACUUCCCAAAGAUGGAGACAAGAACAGCCCAGGAAAGAGGGAGAAGGACCACAUCCGGCGGCCAAUGAAUGCAUUUAUGAUUUUCAGCAAGCGUCAUCGCGCAUUAGUGCAUCAGCGGCACCCAAACCAGGACAACAGGACAGUCAGCAAAAUUCUUGGGGAGUGGUGGUAUGCUCUGGGGCCUAAAGAGAAACAGAAGUACCAUGACUUGGCCUUCCAGGUUAAAGAGGCCCACUUUAAAGCCCACCCAGACUGGAAAUGGUGCAACAAAGACAGGAAGAAGUCCAGCUCUGAAGGUCGUGGAGUCCCAGGGACCAAAGAUAUCAGAGAGAGGAGCAUGUCUGAAACUACAGAGCCCCAUUCUGUGGAUCUGAAAGCUGUUGGUCCAGGCCAGAUGGGUGUGUCUGAGAGGAGUACAGGAGAGGGGUCCGUGAGCCAGCUUACUCGCCCCAGAGCCUUUUCUCAAAGUGCCAUGCACAGCCUAGAGCGAGGCGACAGGGGGAACACACAGGCUCUGGUAGAACUGGCACAGAUGUGUGGGGAUGGUGGCAGUCAGUUUUCGAGUCACGCUCCUACACCUUCUCAGACACAGCGCGGGGUUAGCGAGGAUAUGACCAGCGAUGAGGAGCGUAUGGUCAUCUGUGAGGAAGAAGGAGAUGAUGAUGUCAUUGAGGACCCUUAUCCCAGCAGCUCCAUAGAUCUCAAGUGUAAGGAGCGGGUGACUGACAGCGACAGUGAGAAUGCUUCAGGGGAUGAAGGAGAUCGAAAGAGAGUAUUUACUCCAGUUAUCUGCUCUUCUGCAUCAUCGUCUUCCUCACACCACACUCCUCAUGGCAGGAGUGUCUCACUAUCAUCUUUCCCCAGCAGUAGGCGUUAUGAUGAGGGGCGAUCUGGAGGGGGGGGGCUUUCAGACCACCGAAGGAAGGAAAGAGGUGAUGGAGAGAGUAGGGACACUCAUCUAGGUGAGGGAGGUGGAAGUGUGCUGGCCUCUUCUCUCUCCAUCUCAUCUAGUCAACCAGUCAUGCCCACUUCUGCAGCUGGAGGGGCUCCGUCCUUGUCUGUAGGAGCAAACCAGCUCCUGGGCGUUGGCACGGUGAGGGUGGCCUCCACGGUGGUGACUAAUGUAAUGCGUCCAAUUAUCAGCACACCACUCCCCAUCGCCAGCAAACCUAGAGAUGGAGGCCCUUCAUCCAGCCCUCAUCCUCCAGAGAGGAAGACCCUGACUCCCCAGCAGCAGCCACAGCUUCUGUUUGGUCCAGGAGCAGGAGGUGGGGCUGCAGCCACAGGGGGUGGGUACUACCCUUCAUCGUCACCAAAUCCUGUAGGUGCAGGUGUGGGCCAAGGUGGUGUAGUGACUAAUUUAGUGUUACCAGGGGCUCUGCCUGCACAGUCUGCUGUACAGCUCAUCUCCCCUUCCCCCCAGCCUCAACCAUCCAAUCAGCAGGCACUUCCCUCCAAUGUUGUUUCAGCUCCACAUAGUCACACCAAUGGACCCCUGCCCCUGCUUCAGCCCCAGUUCCUUCCUGCCUCCUCCCUGGCAACCCCUGUUGGUAAAGCCAUCACACAGGUUCAGUACAUUCUACCCACCCUACCUGCCAACUCCAAGAGUCCACCUCAGAGCCUAAGCCAGCCAACCAGUAUCUUCAACCUGCCCACAGCACUGCCAACACAACUGGCCAAUGGAAAACAUCAUGGGACGGGUUUACCCACAGGAUAUGCGUCCAGCCCAGCGAUGAGCGUGGUCAGUCCUGGAACCAGAGUUCAAACUCAGUCUCCAGUGCUGCAAGGUAAAAUGCUUGUUUCCAUGCCAACAGUACGGACUGCAGCAGCCCCUGCCCAGCAGUUUCCUAUUGUGGCUCCAUCUCUUCCUGUCCAGAAUGGUGCUCAGUCUGGAAGCAAGAUCUUCCAGAUUGCUCCCAUGCCCAUGGUCCAGUCCCAGCUGCCUCAAGGUGGAGCAGUGCAUCCUUCCAGCCCCUUCCCUGUAACGGUGGGCACAGCUGCUGUAGUAGCUCCAGGAUCAGCCCCUUCACAGACUGUACUUCUGCCUUCAGCACCCACCAGAAUCACCUAUGUCCAGUCCACUCCGGGGCUCCCAUCCACCCUGCCCCUGGUCUCAACAACAACAGGCUCGUCCCCCACCCAGCAGGCUCUACCAGUGCCUGGAUCCGCAUUUGUUCCCUCACCCUUGGCAACACUCGGCUUUACAGCCAUCGCACCACCUGGGCAGACACUGGUUCAGCCGCUGAUUGCAGGUCAGCCUCCGCUCUUAGCCACAGCUCAGUCCCCCCAGCCCUCCACUUCAGCCUCCACCUCAGGUUCCGGGGGCCAGAUAGUCACUGCCAUCUACCCUCCUUCACCAAGUGUCACCAUGGCAACAGGGGUGGUCUCUAUGGCAGCAGUGCCCCCCAGUGUGGUCUACUCCGUCUCUAGCCCUGCAAGCACUUCUCCUCAUAUCUUGCCUAAACACACAACAACCCCUACAGGCGUCACGCUCCCACAUCCGCAGCCCCAUCCUGACAGACAAGUGGACAGACACCCGCCUCCAGACAGGCCUACGGAUCGAUCAAAGGACAGGCCGAGCGACAGACAGGCAGAGGUCCUCACACAUUCAGACAGACAGACUGAGAGGCUAACUACAAUCUCCAUCAGCAGCAGCUCAGCAGCACCGUCUGGUGGCUCAGCUGUGUCCAUCAGACCCUGCAGUCCUCCCAUUCAUAUCCAACCACCUGGCAGUGCACAUAAGUUAUCACAGCUUCCAGUCAGGAUCCCGCAGAAAGUGAAGGCAACGGUGGCAACCAUUCCUGUAGGCAGCUAUGAUGGAGGAGGCCGAGGCAAGGAAAGGGAGCGAGACAAAGACAAGGAAAGGGACAGAGAGCGAGAACGUGAAAAAGAUAAGGAGAGGGAAUCUGCAGCAAACAGCCAUUUCUCUUUUGAUCCUGAACCUUUAGUGCAGACAGAGUCUCCAUCAGCACAUCCAGCCGAGGAGCUGCCGUCCUCUGACAGACAGCUGGAGGGCUCCAGUACUGCAGACUCCUCUGACACCAGGAGCAGGGACAGCACAACAUCCAAAGAGGGUGGGUGGAGGGAGUCUCUCCCAUCCUCUCCUCUCCCCCCUCCGUCAGGCACAGAACCUGCUCUGCCACCCCCACAGUCUGACAAAGACUGCCCUACACCCAAAAGGAUCAAAGCCCGCCCACCACCACUGAAGAAGACUUUUGACUCUGUUGACAAGGUUCUUUCAGAGGUAUAUUUUGAGGAACGAUUUGCCGAGCUGCCGGAGUUUCGACCUGAAGAGGUUUUGCCCUCCCCCACCCUGCAGAGUCUGGCCACAUCGCCUCGUGCCAUCCUGGGCAGCUAUCGUCGCAAGAGGAAGAAUUCAACAGAUAUGGAUUCUGCCCCUGAUGAGCAAGUUUCUCCGAAGCGAAAGAGUCGGCGGCGCUCCAGCUGCAGCUCCGAGCCCAAUACGCCUAAAAGUGCCGCCAAGUGUGAGGGAGACAUCUUCACCUUUGACAGGACAGUGACAGAUGGAGAAGACAUCCUGGCAGAACUGGAGUUUGAAAAGGUGCCGUACUCGUCCCUGCGCCGAACACUAGACCAGAGGAGAGCGCUCGUCAUGCAGCUGUUCCAGGAGCAGGGCUUCUUUCCAUCAGCCCAGGCCACUGCAGCAUUCCAGACAAGAUACUCGGACAUAUUUCCCACCAAAGUGUGUCUUCAGCUGAAGAUCAGGGAGGUGCGGCAGAAGAUCAUGCAGACUGCAGCUCCCUCCGACGCCCCCACUUUAGGCCCCUCCGACUCCAUCUCGCUCCCGGGACCAUCAGGCUCCCAGUCAGGGGAGGGAUCUGCAAAGGGAGGUGGAGAUCUGCAGGAUGAAGAGAUGGAGCAGGGGGCAGCAACGAGCCCAGAGGAUCCUCGUGACUCCCAGGACUCCUCUAGAUGAGUGACGGCAGACAAUCAGUAACUCCUCGUGUCACACUCUUCCACCCUCCGAGCUUAUCCACAUCCACACCCUGAACUCCCUGCGGUCACUGAGAGUGAGACACGAUUGUUUGCAAUAUCUGGACUCAGUUUUUGUAACGUGUGGACUUUGCACCAAAAAUGGAUAUUUAAAAAAAAGAGUGGCACAGAAAAUCCUACAUAUUACAGACUCUUCAUUCCCAGACUGGAAUUAGCACUAUGUAUUACCCCCUCGCCCCCCUCGAGACUCAUCGAUGCCAGUGAAUGAAGGACCAUCAUGCACGGCUGCACUCAUUUGCCUUGAAGAUGAAACGGUUUUUAUUUUGGAAAGAGAAACCUGCUUGACUGAGACAAUGAACGGUUUUAAAGAGCUAGAUCUAUGUUUUGAUAUUUGUUGUUGUUAAAUCCCUUUAGAUGAGGAAAGGCAGGAAGCUGGAGGAUCAACCUGUAUGAAAACUCGACUGUUGUGACUCGUUUUCGCUGACGUUUGAGGGCUGGUCCCUUAGCAGCCUGAAACAAUGUGACUGGACUCAAAAUGUAGAAUUUCAGUGGACCUUGAGAGAUUUUUCUCACCUGGAGACCUUCAGAGGAGGGUGUACCAAAAAACAAAUUCAAGCGGACUUUUGGCGGUGCCAUCAUUCCUGGACCGACCCUCACAGAUGCCAGUAGGUGGGAACCGAGCAUUCCUGUGCCUCUCGUUAGCCAUGAAGGAAGGAGGAGGGUCAAAGGUCACCGGGCACAUCCUGGUUCUUAGAUGUAGAGGUCAGGCUUCAAAAGACCUUAAUCCUCUAUUGCCAAGCAGUUUUAUUAACUUGUUUUGAAGAUUUUGAUUUAUAUUUAACAUUUUCAUAUUCAAUUUGUUGUCGUACUAUUUUUAUUAUAUCAUUACAGUGAAUCAUUGUCCA